GCCAUGCUUUCAACUCACCCGCUUCCUUCAGACAUGCCCACGACUCAGAGACCCCAGUUCACCGAGCGCCACUUCAGUGUAGACCCAGCGGCUUUCAGCAGAGCUGUGAGAGCGCCACACCUGCCAUGGAGCUUUGCCAUACUAUUUUCAUAUAAGGCGCCCCCGUCCUGCCGUGACUUAAAUGGACUUUGAAUCAAUCUCUAACUUCAAGUGUUAACACCUGACACUGCAAACAGUAUCCUCUGUCUCUUCAUUAACGAAAUGGUAAACUUUGAUGAUCUUCUUCAUUAUGUUGGGGACUUUGGGCCCUACCAGAAAAGGAUAGCUUUUUUAGGAUCUUUACCCAUUUUAUUAUUUGCAUAUGUGCUAGUUGGAGUUGUGUUUAUUGGAAAUACACCAGAUCACUGGUGCAAAAUUGCGGGCGCUGCACGUGUUCGAGAGGAUUGUGGAACCUCUGUGGAGGAGAUCUGGAACCUCACUGUUCCUUACACUGGUCCACAUGGCUCUCACAGUAGGUGUGAUAGGUUUGAUUUGGUCUGGAACUUUAGCACGGCGAACUGCAGUGACCUGGGACUGGGGUCCAUACCCACCAAUACCACACCACUGACUUCCUGUGAUGAGGGAUGGACGUUUGAUCUGACUUGGACUACCGUUGUAACAGAGUUUGUGUUGGUGUGUGAUCGUUCCUGGCUUGCUGAUUUGAACCAGGCAACCUUAGCUGCUGGGUUUUUCAUAGGAGCCUUUGUCUCUGGAUACAUAGCUGACAGGUUUGGAAGAAAGUUAUGCUUCAUUGGCUCAAUGCUCGGCCUCGGAGUGUCAGGGAUAUGCCUCAUCAUUUCGCCUAAUUAUCCCUUGUUCCUGGUCUUUAGAUGUUUGCAGGGUUUUUUUGCAAAAGGAGCAUGGACAACCACAUAUGUGCUGGUUAUUGAAUUCUUUGGAUCAAACAACAGGAAAUUUGUUUCAGUCAUGACCCGUACCCUGUACUCUACUGGUAUGGUUCUCAUUCCUGGCCUAGCUUAUUACAUCCAUUCUUGGAAAUAUCUCCAACUGACCAUGACGCUCCCGAUCUUUAUCUUUCUGGUCUAUUACUGGGCUAUUCCUGAAUCUCCCAGAUGGCUGCUGUCACAAAAGAGGACGAAAGAGGCCAUGAUUGUUAUCCAGAACAUUGCAAAGUGCAAUAAAAGAUCCGUUCCUGCAGACUUUCAAGAGAUGGAUCUACUUGUGGAACAACAGCAGGAAAUUGUUCAUCCAUCUUUUAAAGAUUUGUUCAGAACACCUAAAAUGAGGAAACACACCAUCAUCUUGAUUUAUGCAUGGUUUACAAGUACAGUAGUAUUUCAAGGAUUAUUACUACGUCUAGGGAUCACAGGCGAUAAUCUGUUUUUGGAUUUCUUCAUCUCAGCCGUGGUGGAACUGCCUACUGGUCUCAUAUUUUAUCUGUUGGUGGACAGAGUGGGCAGGCGUCCUCUUAUAGCAACUGCAAAUUUAGUUGCAGGACUUGCUUGCUUGAUUGUGCCUUUUGUUACACAGAACAUCUCCUGGCUGAGGAGAAUCAUCGCAAUAAUAGGAAGACUUGCUGUUGCCAUUGGAUUUGAAACAGUCAAUUUUGCCAACUCAGAGCUUUAUCCCACUCCCUUAAGAAAUCUGGGUGUGUCCGUCUGCUCCUCAGCCAGUGAUAUCGGAGCAGUGGCAGCACCGUUUCUUCUCUACAGAUUAGCCAGUAUUUGGCAAGAGCUGCCCCUCUUUCUGUAUGGUGUUAUGUCUCUGGUAUAUAGUGGACUGGUUACAAUGUUGCCAGAAAUGAAAGGUGUUGAUCUUCCUGAGACCAUAGAUGAUGUGGAGAACAGAGGAAAAGAAGACGCUAAAAAGAAAAACCUAGCAAUGAAAUAUAAUCCUGGUGAUGGAAGUAUGUGAGAAUCUGUGAAAGCUGGUAUUGUGUGAUUAUUACAUCACAUAGUACGCAAAAAUGUGCUAUAUGAUUAUAUAUUUCAUAAUUCAUUAGAAUUAUAGAGCUUUGGAGCUACAGGUACCUUUUUUUACAAACCAUCUGAUUGCAAGCCUAAAAAAAAAUAUAUAUAUAUAUAUAUUAUUAUUAUUAUUAAUAUUAUUAUAUUUUAUUUUUUAUUUUUUUUGGAAAUUGUCCUGUACCUCAAAACAAUAUUUCUUUAUUCGUGUUUAUUUUAGUAUAUAUUUUUAUUAUUACCGUUGCUUGUUGUGUUGUUGCUGCUGCUUUUGCACUAUUAUGACUAUUAUGACUAAAAAGUAUUACACUUUUUGGUGGCAAUAAAAUGCUAUUUUCCUACCCUUCAAAAGGACAAAGUGAGACAGGCAAAAUAUUUAUUGUGUAUAAUUGCAUCUAUUAUGCAUUAUAGCGUGUGGCUUUGGCCUGUAUUAAAAUGACACUUUCACAUCCAGCCAUGUGUGAAAUGAUUGAAAUCCAGACUUUGUAGAAGCUUUAAACUAUUGUGCUUUUUCAUAUGCUUUUAAAGACAAUAGUCUUUUGUUAAUAAUCAUCUAUUACUGUACCCAAUUAAUUUGCAUGUGCUGUAAAUUACUUUGUGUAAGUCAACAAUUAAAAGACUAAAACAAUAAAUUAUUUGUUCAAA